GGCGGACGGCGUACACACACACACACACUUAGCCGCUAGUGAGGUUUCUAUGUUUGUAAUCUACGGUCUAACGGAUACACGAGAAUCCUAAACAAGUGUGCGAUCUCUCUUUUCACAAAUAACCUCGGGUUGUUGUUCAUUGGCAGUGUACAGCAACAAUAGCCACUAGUUUUCGGCAUGAUUUGAGAAUGUAAACAGAGUGUUCAGAUUAAAAACACACACACUACUGUAUCAAUAAUUUCGCCAACACUCCGCGUUUGACUUUAGCUGGCGUUUGCUCUGCUGUAAACAAAUGCAGAUUCGGGAGGUCACCACUGCAAUUCAACUCCAGCGACCGCUGGAAAAACAUGAGACCCUCUGACCCCCACAGAAACUAACAAAAGAGUCGCACAAACGCGUUUAGAAAGUGCAAAACAAUAGAGUCAACAGAAUGAGAUGCGCUAGCCAUCAGCAUCACUAGCAUAAGGGUUAAUGAACACUGUCAAGUGAUUAACGUUGGAUUUGGACGGUUAUUAUGAUGAGUUUAUUGCCGAGGAUCGUACGGUGGCUCGAGAGGAGCUCUUCAUCGUUGCACUUUCACUAUCAAAGCAGAGUAAACAUGUGUACGAACAACAGAAGACUGCGAGUUCUGGUGGACAUGGACGGGGUCAUCGCCGACUUCGAGGGAGGAUUUCUGAAGAAGUUCAAGGAGAGGUUUCCCAACGAGCCUUUUAUAUCGUUAGAGGACAGAAGAGGAUUCUGGGUGUCCUCACAGUAUGGAGACUUGAGGAGUGACCUGUGUAACAAGGCCAUCAGCAUUUGGGAGUCAAAAAACUUCUUCAUGGAACUGGAGCCUCUUCCCGGAGGAGUCGAGGCGCUGAAGGAGAUGUCCAAGAUGGAGAAUACAGAUGUCUUCAUUUGCACCAGUCCAAUAAAGCAUUACAGCUUCUGCCCGUAUGAAAAGUACGCUUGGGUAGAGAAACAUCUGGGCCCCGAGUUCCUGGAGCAGAUCGUCCUGACCCGAGACAAGACCAUCGUGACCGGAGACGUCCUCAUAGACGACAAGCCUGAUAUCCUCGGUGUGGAGCCCAAUCCGACGUGGGAACACGUUCUCUUUACCGCCUGCCACAACAAACACCUGGAGAACCCUCCGCAGCGCCGGCUCCUGUCCUGGGCCGACGACUGGAGAGCCGUUCUGGCCAGCAAACGCCAGUGAGACACGACAUCCCAUCAUGCUCUCCUUCCACAGGGAAUCCAGAUCUGAUAGAGACAGAGCGACACAAUCUCAAAACCACACACACACACACACUCCAACCGUCUCCAUUGAGUUUGAAUCAUACAAAACUAAAAGCUGCUAUGUGACAAUAUGUACAGCAAACAAGCUAAAAAACACGUUUUUAUAAGCUGUCGACCCAAAAAACAAGCGUUUAAAGACACAAAAUAUGUCACAUUACUCUGAGAUUUAACUUACGCCAACUGGAACAGAAAUAUAAGAUAUAAAACUGAUAUUCGACUUACCUGUGACAAUGUUUACUGCACAUAUUGUGUGUUUUUAGUGCAUACUGAAUGUCAGGAUCCCACAAUUUGGUCCUUAAACGCUUGUUUUUUGGAUCGACGGUUAAAAAAAACGUGUUUUUUAGCUUGUUUGCUGUACAUUUUGUCCCAUUGCAGCUUUUAGACAUUGUGUUUUUUUUUUUUAUAAGCCAUAAAUGACGAGGAGGCGAUUCACACAAUGUAAAGUCAAUGGAGACGGUUGGAGUGUGUGUCCGGUUUUUACGAUUUUGACGCGUGACAUCCCAUCAUGCUCUCCUUCGACAGGGAAGCGAGAUCUGAAGGGUAUCAGCCCUCAUAUCCAGUGCAUUACAUGACAGGGAAACACACUGUGUUUUUUUAUGACACACACACCGUUUUUCAUGCGAGACUUUUUAUUGUUUAUAUGCAUUCAUAGAGAGCUCACACACUCAUCGUUUACAUCAAGCACAAACUGCCUUUCUACAAAGCGGAUAUCGAAUAUUGAAACACUUUUACGCUCUCGUCUAACCUCACACGUGGACGAUUUUUCACUCAGUACGUUAACAUGAAUGCAUGAUUCAUUUAUUAUGAAAUAUAGUUUUAAUUCAGGGAGAGCCACUGUAAAAAGGGAUCAGUUGACUUAAACUUAAAAUUUAGGAAAUCUGUUGUCUUCUCAAAUUAGGUAAUUUUUUAAUUAAGCAUUAUGUUUAUUUACAGGUGCAAUA